AUGGCCCCUUCCAUGGUUUAUGUUUACGGAGAUCGGAGAUGGCCAGUUCUGCAGCAUACAAUAUUCCCUUUCUCCCUUCUGCCAAAUUGCACCUCGGGUGAAGCCACACCUGAUUCCAUGGAGUCCGAAAACAAGAUCAAGAAACAGAAAUUGGUAUUGGAAAGUGAAUUGGAAGAGGAUGAGGAGUAUGAGACGUCGUUCAUACAAGAGGAUGGAGUAACCAAAUCAUUGUCCAAUCAGGACAUGACUACUACUUCUCGGCAUCUUUUUGGAGAUAGCGAGGAUGGCUUAUCAAUCAGCAUCAUCGAGAAUAUGAAAGAAGAAUAUGGACUAUUUGUAUGGCCAUGUAGUAGAAUUCUAGCUGAGUAUGUUUGGCAACAGAAGGCGCGCUUUUCCAGUUCUCAUGUUGUUGAGCUGGGUGCUGGAACUUCAUUGCCUGGACUUGUUGCUGCUAAAGUGGGUGCAGAAGUAACCCUGACUGAUGAUUCAACUAGGUUGGAGGUGCUGGAUAAUAUGAGAAGGGUGUGCGUUUUAAACAAUCUCAAGUGUAAAGUAUUAGGACUCACUUGGGGUGUAUGGGAUGCACCCAUCUUCAGUUUACACCCAAAUAUCAUCCUUGGAGCUGAUGUGCUUUAUGAUACAAGUGCUUUUGAUGAUCUUUUUGCCACUGUGACAUUUUUGCUCCAAAAACUCCCAGAGUCUGUUUUUAUAACAACAUAUCACAACAGAAGUGGUCAUCACCUCAUUGAGUUCUUAAUGGAGAAAUGGGGUUUGAAGUGCAUAAAGCUUCUUGAUGGGUUUUCAUUCAUGCCCUCUCACAAGGCAGCAAGCUUGAGCGGCAACAUCCAGUUGGCCGAGAUUGUCUUGGAUACUCCCGUCUGAGUGAAGUAACAUUACCAAUAAUCAGCUAACUAAUGGUGAUUGAACUACUAUUAUUUGUCUCCAAAAGAUCGUCCAUGGCCAAGUGAAGAUUUUUGUCGUUAGACAGGUUCUUAGCUUACCUGUGACUGGAUUCUUGAGACCAUUACAAUCACUCUAUUCAGAUGUAGGAUAUUUGUUUGAACUUUUUCGCAACUCAAAUCAUACAUGAUGGAAUUUCAAAGAUUUGACCUUUCCUAGAUUUCUACGAGUUGCUAGAGUUUAGGAAAACAAAGAGAUGUGCACGAGCAAAGAAUGAAAGAAAUGCUGCUUCAACUCCCUUCAAGAAUAUUGGGUCGUGAAAAUUUUGUGACUCACUAGAUGUCCAUAUCUAGGUGGUGGAUUUCUAGACAGUAUUGAUGUAGAAAAAUGAAUUAAAAUUUUGUAUAUUAUACUCUCAUGUCCUAUCUACUAGAGCUGUAUCUCGAACAUACUUGAUCGGGCCCUGUGACUUUGCCUCCCAUUUAAUUUCAUAUGUUAUUUUGACUAGCUAAUUUAGUUGA